AUGUGGAAUUGGAAGAAGAUAAAGCAUUUCUUAGAUCACAAGGUUUUCGUCUCCAAAAUAAGAACUAAAUGUACAAAAGAAGAUAAAAAUGAUUCAUAUAAGAAUAAACAUUACAGAGCUAUAGCUCACAUGAAUAAGACAGUAAUUCUGGAAGACUCAUCUUCAUCAUCAUCUGCACCUAGUGACGAAGAGGACGAAUUUUUGCCACCAGCAAAGAAAAAAUUACGUUCAAAUCCUAGAUUAAAACCUUUGGAUCAAACACUCACGUCUACUUGGGAUCGAGAGCAACUCUCUAUUAGGCAAGCAAUUGCCCAUGGGAAUGUCAAAACUUUGGAAGAUAGAGUUGCAGUUCUAGUGACUGGCAAAGAUUUUAAGCAUUUGCUUGGAGUACCUGUUGCCCAGAAAGGCACCGGUGAGCAGAUGGCUGAAGUAGUUAUUCGGGAAGUACACCGAUUUGGGCUAAGUGACAAUAUCAUCGGUAUGUCUUUUGAUACUACAUGGUCUAAUACAGGACUGAUCCAAGGGGCAUGUACCAGAAUUGAAAGAGAAUUAGGACGAACAUUGUUGUGGUUGGCUUGCUGUCAUCACAUUCAUGAACUAAUAUUAAAAGGAGUGUUUGAGGAGUGUUGUAACAUACCAUCAAGUGGUCCUGACAUCCAAAGUUCCAAAAUAUGUGGGCUUCACUCGAUAAAAAAUCAUAUACGACAAUGCUGA